AUGGCACCCUUUGGCAAAUUAGCUUUUAUACCUGGUCGUAUUGUUCAUUCAAAUGAAAUUCUUGUUUUACUCGGUGAUGAUUAUUUUGUUGAACGUACAUGUAAACAAUCGAUUGAGAUUGUGAAUCGUCGUCUUGAAAAUAUUAAAGAAAAAAUUGAAAAACAUCGCAAAGAAAAAGAAGUAUUUAAUCAACAGAAAAAAUAUACCAGUGAAUUUCUUAAUGAUCGAAAAAAUAUGUUUGAAAUUAAAGAAAAUGAUGACGAUACUGGUGUUAAGCAAGAAGAAAAAAAACCCAUUAAAUCGACGUACUAA